CUGCUAGCUGAUUUCGGGACACCGGUUCCCGAACAGUGCUGUCGGCCGUCGGGACCCGUUUUUAUAAAAGUCCUGACAUGACUCGGACCUAAAAAGAAUGUGUGCUUAAAACGUCUCCUGUAGAUAUUCUAUUGAUUGUUUGAUGUUUUUUGAGUGACAUUUCAUGAUUCCUGUAGCCGGAAGCGACCGCUAGUGGAUGGCCUUGUUUGUGUUAAUUGUGUAUGCGUUUCUGUGUAACAACUGCGGUUUUGUCCUUCACACAGUGGCUGAGAGCCAGCGAUUGACUGCUGACAGCCCUGUAGCUGGUGCAGGCAGUCGUUGUGGCAACACAACAUCUUCCUUGCGGCGUCAGAAUGGGCGGUCGCUGGUUGUGUUAGGCAAAUGGUCGUUAUACUGUAGGUGGGCUUGUUAGUACAUGAAUGUUCUGCGAGGGAUUUAUUAGUGGUCGUUAUGGACAGGUUGGCGCUAAGGGAGGUUUGACUGUAGUUCAUUUUUAUUGCAUUUAAUGAUUAUACAAUGUAUUUCUUUGCUUUGUAAACAAAAGAGCACAUUUAAUUGGAGAAUAAGUAAUACUCUCUUGAAAUAUUGUAUCAUGGGUUCACUCAUUCAGUUAAUUUGUUAUGGAUGAUAUUACAAUAUAGGGCCUUCAUCGUUUCAUUGUAUCAUUUAUUAAUCAAAAUUUUCCUUCAACAUGUACAUUUUGUUAUUACAAAUAUCACACAUGUGCAUGUUUAUGCAUGUGAUUCAACCAGGGCUUAUUAUUUGAUUUUUAAUUAUUUUUUUCUUCUUCUUUUCUACUCACAGGAGGGCAAGGUGGGCAUUGGCUGGUUAGGGUUGGGCCUUGCCCUCUUCCUGGCAACGUUUGGUCUGAGCUACCCGGUAGUGCUCAUCUCAUCCUUUCUAGCUUUUGCAGUUGGGGCCUUAUGGGUUGUGUACAGCGGACCUGGGGCCUCGGAUUCGGUGACCAUCUUGGAUUUAAUCACCUCAGCGACCCAGCUACGGGAAGAGAGUAUUGGAGGGAGACAGAUUGUUGAAAAGAUGCAAGUUGAGCCAAGGUCGUAUAAAAUUGACAAGAGACUAACCGGAGCUAGUAUCAUAGAUGAUCAACUCCAAGAGGUUGUGUUGCUCACACUGCGUGACUAUGUGCACCCCUGGUAUCAUAAACUAAGCAACGAUGAGCAGUUCACACAUGAAAUACGACAGGUCAUCCAGAAUGCCAUCAUAUCCGUUGCCACAAAAUCAAAAGACGUGGAUUGGUUGACCUAUUUCACGAGGAAGUUAGUGGACGAUGUAGCCUCUCACGUCAGGCUCUUCAGGAAUUCUCAGGAUAAACUCAAGGCUAUCAUCAGAUCGGAAGAAACAAUUGCACCUCCACCUGACCUUGAAUCUGUCUUCUUUGAUCUGGAGAUCGAGAUGGAGAACGGAAUCUGCCGAGACCUGGUGUGCACAUCAGAAGAAAAAGAAGCGGAAUAUCUUCGAGCCAUUUCUGAAAUCUUAUUAUUUCUGCUGAUUCCGGAUCACGAGUUCCAUAGUAAGCCGUUCUGCUUCGUGCUACGGGAAGUGAUAGCCAAUGGGAUGAUCAAAUCGAUGAUUGAACAGCUCACAGAUCCUGAUUAUAUUAACCAAACCAUCAUAUGGAUUUGUAAAGACAGUACUUUCACAACAGAAGCCUUUCUACUUACAAUAAAGACAGCGGCAAACAUCGACGAACUGGAGGCCAUGAUCGAAAUUGUCGACCAUGAGAUAUACAAGCAACGGUCACGAGAUACAAAUAGACUGAUGAAAGAUGAAGGUGUAGAUGCCAAGACGCAGCUGAAGAGUCUACAGUUCUUGAGACAGAUGUGUUCAGAUACCAUCAACAGAAUACUGUCUGGUGAAGACUUGGAUGCAGCAGAAGAGGUGGAUGAUGAAGAUCAGUCGUUUGAUCCUAAGACGCUCUACUCCUUGCCUCUCAACAUCGUCCUCGUCAACAGCAUAGCACUUGCGUAUUUCAUUGACUUCAUGAGGAAAGAGAACUGCCAGUCCUAUGUUUUCUUCUGGCACACGGUGGAGGGGUACCGAGUGAUGGCUGAACAACAGCUCUCCGCCGUCCAACUGGCUAAAGUCCAACCAGGCGAUGGCGCCCCUCACAAGGAAUCUGUCGUCAUGGAGAUGCUUCGUUCAGCAGCCCUUAACAUCUUUACAGAGUAUCUUGCAGAAGAUGCAACCAAUAGGGUGAAGUUAGACAGUCAACUGGUCAAGAGAACUCAUCAGAGAAUCAAAAAUCAAACUUCACUUGACACUGUCUUCGAUGAAGCUCAAAAGAAGGUGUUCAGCAUUUUAGAAGAGGAUCGUUUCUUACCGGCCUUCAAGCUUAGUCCUAGCUAUGUGAAAUGCCUGGCAGAACUUGAUCUACUCAAAGAUGAUGAUUCAGCCCGUCUAGGAGACGAUGCUUCCGUCCAGCUUGAUUCAUCGCCUGACAACAGUACUGUGGCUUCAUCAGAAGACCUAUCGUCUUUGGGUAGCCAGGGAUCUAUAGAGCAGCUGAAUGAUCUUGAGACCCCUGGUCACAUUGACAACAACAAACCACACAUCAUGGCGUACAUCACACAUGCAAGUAUUGUUAAAGAGAAAGGCAAGUCCUAUGCUGUCUACGCAAUCCACGUUACAAGAACAGACAGUCAGGGUGUGACAGAGAUCUGGGACGUCUUCAGGCGAUACAGCGACUUCCAUGACCUUCAUAUGUGCCUGGCGGAAAAAUACGAGUCGCUUCGAACUCUACUCCUGCCGGCGAAACGUGCUUUCAAGAACACCAAUAAGAGCUUCUUAGAGAAGAGGGCAAAGUCACUCACGCAAUAUAUUCAGACUCUUCUAAAUCAAGAUGUGCUGACCACUAAUCCUGGUCUACAGAGCAUUAUCUGUAAUUUCCUGGAGCCGGGAGUCUAUCAUAGGGGCAAAGGUCUAUUGGCAAGACGGAUGGACCAUUUUGUUAACCCUUUGAAGACUGGCGUUCGCAACGUGGCCCACACAGUCAAAGUCCUCCCAGGGAAUCUUGCUGAUGGCGUUACCAUGGUAUCAGAUAAGAUGUCCGACACCAUGAAUAAAGUCUUCAAGCCACCCAAGCAAUUGCAAGAUAUUGGUAGAGUGUCUUCUGUAAUCAGCUCUGCAGAUGAUGACAACAUUCCAUUGCGGGUCAUGCUGCUGCUAGUGGAUGAAGUCUUUGACCUGAAGAAUCGUGAUCAGUGGCUACGUCGUCAGGUGGAAACCCUCCUGCGACAGAUCAUCAAGGCAGCAUUUGGCACCAAGAUCAACUCCAGGAUAAUCGAGGGAGUGGAGACAAUCACAUCACCAGCUCAUGUGGCAGAACUUGUAAAAAGAUUCAAAGAGUCUUUCUGGCCUGGUGGUGUGCUAGCAGAAGUCCCUGAACCCAGAGAUGAGGCUACAAAGCUCAGGACCAGAGUUGCUGCUAAGGCUGAAUUAUUUGGCAGUGUGCCAGAUGACCUGAAGAAUUUCAUCGGCUCGGAGACGACGCGGCGGGGGAUGCUGAGAACCUUUAACAUGCUUCAGAACCACACGCUGAACAAACGACUCUUCUACGUGUUCCUCGAGAAUCUCCUCCUGACCCUCUACCCAGAAAACAAGUUUGGCGAAAUCUUCCGCAAACUCCACUCCCAGUCACCGCGAAUACGAGCCCGCAAGGAGAAGCUCCUAGAACAAGAGGGGGCGACACAGCACCAGCAUCAGGAGCUGCGUAGGCGAAGAGACGUCAGGUGACAUACAGUGAACGCUGCGAGAAUCAAACAUCCAAUUUCUGUAGCUUAAGUCCUGUUCCGCGAUGUCAAGUUGGAAGGUGUAAGAUGCAACCAAGGUCCAGUUUCUCAAAACUGCCACAGUUCGUAGACAUCCCAUAUUAAAGUGUUCAAAUCACCUAAAACAAUGUACCGGUAAUGCGUGUUUAGCCAAAAUAUAUACAGUGCGUCCAAGAAAAAACGAAACCGAGAAUUAUCAAUGUUUUAUCAUAACUGUAUAGUCAACCAACAAUAAUUUUGACUCGCAUUUUAUAGGUUAACGGUUUAGGAGUAUGAUGAAAAUGAAGGGUAAUACAAAACGCUUUGUAUGGAGCCCUGGUUCUGUGCGCACCUUAUUCUAUGCGAGCAAGAAAUAGUGUACUCAACGGCAUUUUACUACUUACUUAGAGUUUAUCGAAAAUGCAAAACCUCUUUGUAGAAGUAAUAUUUGAAGAUCAUGCACUGUCCUUUGAAUAUUGCAUAGCAAUAUGGAACCCCUUUAAUACAUCAAGAGGAAAACAUGUUUUGGUGAUUGGUUCACUUUAAGUCUGGAUGACUCAUGUUUCAAUUGCAUGUCCAAGAAGUAAGACUUAUGCCGGUUUGAGAAACAGCCCCCAUGUUGUUCUUUGGUUGCUCUCUGGCUUCAUGUGAUGCAGAUGCAGUUUGCUACUGUCGCCCUACUGAUUGAACCUAAUAUUUGAUUCUAGGACCGCUCUGACAAUCAAUCAUUAAUAUUUUGAAUGUUACAAGACAUUCUUCAUUUCUGCUUGUAAAAUAGAAUAACAUACAGGUGUAUACAGUUGAAGGAAUGUAAAACAGAUCUCUAAAUAAAUACAUAUCUUGGAGGUAAUUUAAAAUUUCAUCUUGAUUUCGUCACCAUAGGUGUCAUUUAAAAGCUUAAUAUACAAUAUAGGACAAAUAAUAUUGUAAAUUCUAAAUACCUGUAUUUGAUAUGGUAUGGGAUACACUUUUUAUUCAUAAAUUUAAAAAAAAAUAAUUCUGAAUUGCACCCAUUUUAUCAUGAAUUACAUGUACUUUUUAUCAUUCUAAUUUCUAUCAUGAGAUAUCAAAACUAACUUAUCCUCAUAAUGUCCUUCAUUAUUAAAAAAAGUCUAGAAAAUGGUCUUAAAUUUGUACAGCACCAGAAAUCACAGUAGCAACUGCAGUCUACACAUGCUGCAUCUGUGGCAAGACAGUAAUGGCAAUUUGUAUCUAGAUUUCAAGAAUUCAAAUUCCAAGAUUCUUUGCAAAUUGAUCCUUUUGGGGGAAUUAUCCAUCAUUUGUUUUUCAUGCCAAAGACUACAUUGUAAAGUACCCUUCCUCUUCACCAAAUGUUGCAAUGAUUUGUUUUUGAAGGAUUCUGUCAUAUUGGAAAUACUACAAUUGUGUAUACUCUUUUAUUUAAUACAUUAUUUUAUUGACAACGAGACAACAGCAAAACCUCAGUCACACCAAUGAGACUGACACCAGAUCAAACUUGGAGCAUAAUGAGGGAACUAUUUCAGUGCUCCGUCAAUAUGACAUCUCAACGAGUGUCAUUUUUGUUGAUGUAACUAUCUCUACUCUAGUUACAUACUCCUAUAAUGGCCAAGUUGCUUUAGAGUCAAUUUCAGUUUGACAGUGUGACCAAGGUGAGAACACUUGAGGCUUGUUCAGAUACAGUCAAUCCACAAUGUUUGAUAAUUAUAUUGGUGAGUGCAUACAUACAUACACACCAGCUUAGAAUUAUAUUGGUGAGUGCAUACAUACAUACACACCAGCUUAGAAUUAUUUAAGUCUUUAAUUCGGGUUUAAAUUUAAAUAAUUUGCGUUUUUAGGCUAAAUUUGUACUUCAAAAAUUCCAAGACUACCGGUACCUACUUUGCGUCAAUUUCAAUUUGACAUUUUUGUUCACUGGAAUAAUUUCUCUGGUGUACCAUUCAAAUUAUACAAUUUGCUUUUUUAGCUGGGUCAGGAACCACAAACACAAAUUACGAUGCAAAAUCACUGAUGAAAAAAAGUUGCAUAAUUACGGUCAAUUAAUAUUGUGGAAAUAAUACUUUGAACUUCAUGUAUUAUGUUAAAUUUGGUAUAGGAAUGAAGAAUCAGAUGGUGUGGCACUCUGCCAUGACAAAUGAAGAUAACACUCUCUAUCGUCAUCAAAGCACCAUGCUGCAAUAUCACCCUGAAAAUUAUACUCAGUUCAGCCCUCGCAAAUCAGUGAAGUUCGUGGAUGAGAAUGCUAAAUGAAUAUUAAUUGUAAGCCUCAUUGGCUUAUAUGCACCACGGUCUGACUGGAUAUGAUGCAGCAAAACUACUACAGGUUCUUUUAUUAUGAUGAUGUUAUGUGUAAUAUGGCAUCACAUUGCUGGAUCUUCUAUAAACCUGUGUAUGAUCAAAUCUCUUUGCUUAUAACACAGAGUUAAAGGGCAAUCCAACACUUGGUUUAAAUUAAUUUGUAUGAAAGCAGGAAAAUAAUAGAAACAGAAUGGUGAAAGUUUGAAAUAAAUGUAUGUAAUAUGAGAUUACUAUACCAUUGCAAAUCUCAAAUUGGCAGUUUGCUAAGUGGAUUGUGACAUAGCCAAUUUCUGUUUUUUUCCUAAGCGCCUUCUCCCUUCGGGCACUACUUGAAAUAUAUUAUGGACAGCAUACUAGUAACAGUCCUCCAAAGAAUAUAGACCUUCCCGAGUCACACAAUUUUGAUUUUUUUUGUUUUUUUUUUGUUGGUGUGUUGGAACAAGUGGGAAAGUUUUGCGCCAAUACAAAAAUGCAGCCGUUUACGUUGUCUAUCUGAAUGAGCCUUUAUUUAGUGUCUCCAUAGAAAAGAAUCUUACACCAAUUCAAUCAUACUUGUAUAUCUUAUCUUCAGAAGUUAAAUUUGGUUUGUACGCUCUGGGACAUGCCUCAGUUCUCGUAGAGCUUUGCCUUAUCAGGAUUAUUUUUCUGCCAUAGCUGGUGUCUAUGAGGGUGCGUGAGUGUGUAUAUGUUUGUGUGUGUCAGUAACAGUCUGGUUCUAUACUUUUACAAUUGUCUCCAUUCAACCUCCCUACUAUUGAAACCAAUUCUGUUAGGAGCCACAAGGGUGUAAACUCAUGUGUUAAUAUCUAUGAGUUAAUGCCCUUCUUGCUCCAAACAGUGGAAAUCGUGAUAUUGUCUGUUUAGAGGAAAAAGGAUUAUAACUCAUAUACAUGUACUUAAACACAGAGUUAAGUUCUCCUGUCUCUGAACAAGUAAUAAUAGGGAGAGAAUUUCUUUCUUUCUUUUUUUGUUUUUGUCAAAGUGAUUCAAGUUUUAACCGGAAUAUCAAAGUAAUGAUAAUUAUAAAUGUUGUACACUGUAAAAUAUAUUGUGCCAUAAAAACAAAAGAGUUCAGAGGUACAUGUAGGCAUAUGUACAUAUACCUUAAAUGUUUGAUCUUUUCAUAUUUUCCUAGAUGGAAUUGAAUGUAAAUUUCUCUCCUUAUUUGUACAACAAUUGAUCAGAAUUUUAAUGACAUUGAGCGCGACACAAGGUUGAAAUGUUUCGUUUUUUAAAAUCUUGUUCGCAUAUGGCAUGCUGAACCACCUUACAAACAAAAGUAUGUGGCAUAAAUAACUAAUUGUGUGCUUUACAUUUAUGCCUCACCAUGCAAAGAUACUUUGGGGAGAACAUUCACCAGGGUACAUCCUUGGAGGCAGCUACUCUUUGCUGUGAUGUUUAGUUUUUCUUUUAUAUUGGAUUUAUCAUGUCACGUGUAAAGGAGGCCAUUUGGAGUGUCUCAUAUUGGAUGGAUGUGCAAUCAAUGAAGAUAAUUUUGCGAUGAUUUCUUUCAUUUUUCUGGGCUGCUCUUAAUAUCAGUUCAAGUUCAUUUUUUCCCUGUUUGAUAUAUUAUUCUUUUAAGACUUUGAAAUGUGCAAAUGUUUGCAGUGAUUGAUGUUGAAAAUACUUAAAUGUGCAAGUAGCACAAAAAUGAC